AUGUGGGUGUAUUGGAAGACUGAGGAUGCUAUUGAGAGGAGUGAGAAUGCUUCACAGUGCAUAAACUCUGAUCGUGGAGGUCUUGGAGUGCACAAACACUUAGCCAGUCAGAAAUCUUUUGUGCAAGUUCAUCAAGAAAUGGAGGAAGAGCUCAAGCCUAAAGAAGUUGCUGAGUUGGACGAGGAGGGUCCUCAGAAUUCUACUAAUUCCUCUGAACAUUCCACUGACCGUAUGCUCAACAUUAAUGAAAAGAAUGAGAUCUUUCUUAAGUGUACUCAUAAAGAUGACAAAGGUACCCCUUAUGGUCUUGGAUCGCUUAUGGAGACACUGAACAAAGGAAAAAGGAAAGAGAGUUAUGCGAGCUCUUCUACAGCAACCAUUGUGGAGCUUCAAGAUCAGCUACAGCGCAAGAUAUCUGAACAUGAGGCUGAAAAUGCAAGACGUGAUGAGGAGCACCGCCAAUCUCAAUCUCGGAUCUCCAGCUUGGAGAAGCUCCUCGUCUUCAUGAAAGAUAAGGAUCCUGAGUUGGCAGCUUUUUUGUCUUCUGCUUCUACACAACCUCAACCACCCAUCCAAGCAACUACAACAGCUGCAGGCACUCUACCAACUACAACAACUGCAGCUGCAGCCAUCCCAGACGCAACAUGCACCCCAGAAGACACUUCUUUUAACCUAUGA